AUGGCUGAUAUGUGGGGAAUGAGCUUCUUCCCCAGCCCAGAAGCUUUCUGGGCCUUCUACUCCUUCUUGUGGCUGCUACUGAUGGCAGUUGCCUGCUACUUCCUGAUGCCCGGGGCGAAGCCGCAGGAAGGGAGGAAGACAAGGCACCACUGCAGAAGACACCAGGAGAAUCGCAGAGUUUGGACCCUCCACAACUCUUCAUGGUGCAAGAGGAACCAAUGUCCUGAGCAUGCAAAGGUGGAUGGAGUCCAGGAACUAGCCAAACUGUUCAGCAGGAACCUUGAGGACUUCAACAAAUGCAUGGAAAUGCUUGACUUGGAGUUGCCAGAGGACAGCCGUGAGUCUACCACUUCUGACAUAGAGAGUGACACCAGCUGCUCUUCAGUGAUGUCUCUGGACUCUUGGCACACCAUCUCCUGCACUAGUAUCAUGGAGAACAAAAGCACACAGAUUUCAUGGCCAUCUACCCCCACUCCUGUGCAGAAAGCAGACUCACUUCAUGGUUCUGAGGUCCAACCUGGCCUCAUGCAUCCCAAGGCUGGCCCUGGGAAGCAGCGUGACCAUGACACUCGCCCACCCUGCAUAGAAGAGGUGGUCAGAUGCCACAGGGCCAGCAGUGUGCAGCAAAACCAGCAACAUGUCCAGGUCCAGCAGGCUGCUCCCACCCAUCCUCCAGCGGUGCCUAAAUUCCAGUCCACAAAACUGGAGGCACAAAAGGAGACCCAGGAGACCCAGGAGACCUUGGACUGCUUCCCCCCAAAAAAGAAAGAGGAGCAGAAACAGGGCCUGCCAGCUGAUGUGGACAAGCCUUCAAAAGACCCUGCCUCUGCUUCAAAAAUAUCUAAGCGAGCAGAAAAGCCUACUUUGAAGGUGAUUCCCAUGGUGCGGGAAAUGCCCUGUGUGGACAAGACCGUGGAAAGACAUCUGGAGGGGCCUGAUAUACAAAAGAAGAUAAAAAGAUUCUUCAGGAUGACAAGAAAGUUCCUGGCUUCCAUGAAGAGAUUUUUCAGCUACAUCCGGGGGCAAAAAGACUCUCAGACUGAGGCUCCACAGAGGAACACCAGGCAGCGCCACUGCUCACCCUUCCAGCACUUUCAGCAGCACGCUCACACCACAAAGUCGGCAGUGCAGCUGUCAGAGCAGACCCCUGGCCCUCAGCAAGAGGCAGCAGCCCCCAAGGACAAAUUCACCCAGGGGAUGAAGGAGCCUGUCCACUCUGUGCCAGCAACUAUUCCGAAAGUGGCACAAGGGAUGAAGCCUCAGGACGGUGGGGACAAACCCCGACAGAAGACGGGGUGUGGAGGAAGAGCCAACGGCAGCAGCACGACCAGCAAGAUGACCCUGCCUGGCACCAGCAAGAAGAACCGGGGCCCUGGGGCAGCAGGGCUUGUUUGCAGUCCUUCCCCUUCCACACAGGCAGAGCAGGCAUCGCCACAGAGCAAGGGAGCUCCACGGGGUCAAUCAGAUAAGAAGGGUGAUGGCCCCAGCAUCUCCGCUACGGGGGACAUGGGGACACCAGCACCUCCAAGAAGAAGGCGCCCACGGAGAAAACACAGCUUCAGUGGGGACAGACCCUCAGCUCUGCCACGACCUCCACACCACGUUUGGAUUGCUCUUGAUAUGCCCCACAUGACAAAGGUCCCUGCAGCACGAAAAGAAUGCCGCAAAGCCAAACAAAAUGAUAAAGAUCUGGAGAAGCAGGUGCAGGCUUCACAGUCGAAGCAACUCCCAGACAAUGCGGGGCAAGCAAGGGUGGAUACAGCAGCAGAGGGCACUGGGGCUGUGCCACGCAGAAGACACAGAAGGGCACGGAAGGACAAGGGAUGUUCCCAGGACAGAUCUGUCUUCGCAAGACUCCGCCCUAAGUGCAUCAAAGCCACCUUGGUCCCAAAGGAGAGAAUCUGGAGGUGCCGUUCCCCUGAGGCUUUCAGAGGCAGCAUGGGCUGCCAAGCUCCCUGGAGGCUUGACUUGAAGUUGCCAGAGGACAGCGGUGAGUUUCUCACUUCUGACACAGAGAGUGAUACCAGCUGCUCUUCAAGAACAUCUCUGGACUCUUGGCGCACCAUCUCCUGCACUACCGUCACGGAGGAUGAAACCAGACAGAUUUCACAGGCAUCUAUCCCCGCUCCUAUUCAGAAAGCAGUCUCACUUCAUGCUCGCCCACCCUGCACUAAAGAAGUGGUGGUCAGAUGCCACAGGGCCAGCAGUGAGAAACAAAAGCAGACUCAGGAGACCCAGGAGACCCUGGACUGCUUCCCCCCAAAAAAGAAAGAGGAGCAGAAACUGGGCCUGCCAGCUGAUGUGGACAAGCCUUCAAAAGACCCUGCCUCUGCUUCAAAAAUAACUAAGCAAGCAGAAAAGCCUACUUUGAAGGUGAUUCCCAUGGUGCGGGAAAUGCCCUGUGUGGACAAGACUGUGGAUGGACAUCUGGAGGGGCCUGAAAUACAAAAGGAGAUAAAAAGAUUCUUCAGGGUACCAAGAAAGUUCCUGGAUUCCAUGAAGAGAUUUUUCAGCUACAUCCAGGGGCAAAAAGACUCUCAGACUCUCAGACUGAGGCUCCACAGAGGAACACCAGGCAGCACCACCCUUUUGGCGCUUUCAGCAGCACGCUCACACCACAAAGUCGGCAGUGCAGCUGUCAGAGCAGACCCCUGGCCCUCAGCAAGAGGCAGCAGCCCCUAAGGACGCAUUGACCCACGGGUCAUUACCAUAACAAGAACCAAAAGAACCACAAAAAACGUUUAACUCCGGGAGCCCCCAUCCCCUGCCCUGUCUGGCCACGUGCUUCCCCUUACUGGUCCAAGGUUCAGCAGGACCCAGCAGGGCACGGAUCCAGCAAGCAGCAGAUUUCUGCCAGCCCCACGAGGGAGCGGGGGCUCU